UUUGGCAAAUGUCUAUCGUAUCUGUUCCUUGUUGUUUCGAGUUUCCGACAUCGAUCCAGAUAGAGAGAGGACAGCGAUGGCAUUGACGGUGGCGAAGAGUGCGUUGGAGGCGAUCAGAGAGAAAGGUCUCGGAGGUUUCCUCAGGAUGAUCCGAGAAGAAGGCUUUCUGAGAUGUCUGCCAGAUGGGAACCUCUUGCAAACCAAAAUACACAACAUAGGAGCAACGCUUAUUGGUGUGGACAAGUUCGGUAACAAAUACUACCAGAAGCUCGGCGAUACUCAGUGUGGUCGACACAGGUGGGUAGAAUAUGCAUCCAAGGAUCGUUACAACGCAUCUCAAGUGCCAGCAGAAUGGCACGGAUGGCUUCAUUUCAUCACCGAUCACACUGGAGAUGAGCUGUUGAGUCAGAAACCAAAAAGGUAUGGGAUUGAGCAUAGAGAGAACUUCUCUGGACAUGGUGAUGCGUACAUUUACCAUUCUAAAGGACAUACCUUGAACCCGGGGCAAAAGAACUGGACUCGGUACCAACCAUGGGUUCCCACCAAGACCAAGUAAGAAUGUGAGAGCGCUGGUUUAUGCUCUGAGUGAGUGAUUUAUUGUUUUGUCUCAGUCUCUUUUGAAUAAAAAUAAAAGCUAAUUUGGAUCUUAAGCUGAACAAUUUGGGUUUAUGGAAUUGUGUAAUUGAUGCUGUUUUGCUUAAUCAAGCUUCCUUCACCUCUGGAGAGGAGAUUAUUACA